AUGCGCGCUCUUGGUUUGAUCACGUUCGUGGCUCUGGCUGCUUCCCUUUGCGCGCACCCGCGGCACGUCACCAAGGACCUUCCCAAGCGCGCGGCGGCGGUUUCAGAUCUCGAGUUCUCCGGUAACGGAGCGGACGAACCGGUCAGGGGAUCAGUGCGCGUGGUUAAAGCGAGUCCGCCCUUUCUGCGUCACUCUCCGGGUCUGCUCGGGAAAACCCCCACGCUGAAGCGGACCCCGUUUCCAGCCUUCCUGACGCUGGGUCGCCCCGGGCCUUCUGUGCACGCGCGCGCACCUGCAGCGUCACUCCCGCACCUGAGCGCCAGCCACACCGGCGCCGACGCCAGGAAGAGGCAAGGUCUGGAGAUGUGGCAGAGGGUGAUGCAGAAAAGCGAGCCGAGUAAAGAGGUCCUGUCACUGCCGUUUAACUCCAAAGACGCGGAAAAGCAGAGCUGUGCGGCGCUGCCUUUCACACAGCGGAUAACCGAGGAGGGAUGCGAGUCCAUAACCGUUCUCAAUAAGCUGUGUUUCGGUCAGUGCAGCUCCAUGUUCGUGCCGCCUAACGGAGGGUCCAGCAUGCACCGCGGUGGCCCGUCUUGCUCGCGCUGUGGGCCGUCCAGAGCGCGAACCGUGCACGUGCCCAUGCGCUGCGGGUCGCAGGUCCGAGAAAAGCGCGUGAUGCUGGUAGAGGAGUGCAAGUGCGAAACCGGGAGGGAGGAAGAGAAAUCUGAUAACCUGGCCACGCAUUUAUAACCAGCACUAUGCGUGUGUGUGUGUGUGUGUGUGUGUGAGAGAGAUGACAAGAGCGCUUACUUACGUUCUUACUUGAUGACGUGAGAACCACAGCAGGUUCUUUUAAUCAGUUUUGUUAGUUUGAUUUUCCAAACUGAAACUUUAUCCAAACAACCGCUUGAUUAUUCCAGCGGAAUAUUUGACUCUAACAUGUCAUGGCAUGUUUUCACCGAGUGAUGUCGCUGUUGCACGACGAUUCUGU